AGGUUUACUGGCUCAGGCAAUCAUUAAAGCUCAGUCCAGUUCUCCAACAUUUACUCACGUUUAUGCCGCGCUUGUCUCUGUCAUUAAUACCAAGGUAGGAUACGAUAGUAUUGAACAUAUUCUUCUCGAGAUAAAAUACGAUCUGAGUUUGAGAUUAGAAAUUUUUCCUGGAAUCCAUUGUUGGUAACAGCAUUUCUUAACGUGCUAAACUCUGGUAUCCAAAGGGUAAAGACCUACCUAAAAUGAUCAUGUUUUGUGAUUGGCUUUCAGAAACAAAAACGACCAUUGUUCGUGACUCGUUCUUUAGAAAGACGUUUUCUAUAGUUUUAUUGUCUUUCAUUGUUAUAAUCAACCAACCACGAGCCUGGAUAGUAUAGGUAGAUGAUGACCCUAUCCAAAUUCUGAGAAUAAAAUAUGUUUUCAGUCUACUAUAUAUUACUUAGUUGCCAUAAUCUCAAAACUGCGCCAAAUGUAAGCAAUCUAAUGACAGAGUAUACAAUAUUUGUUUAAGUCCACAGUGCCGUGGUUUUUCCACAAACAAAAAGUAGCGAUGCCAUGAACUGAAUCAAGCACACAACUCGUCUAUAUACGACAACUUAGGUACGUUGUGUGCUUGAUUUACACAGUACAACUCAAGUUGUGAACAGGUUGCAUGCAACAGUUUUUGGCGAAAGUAUAAAUCGGCCCUUACAAUGUCAGAACAAUUAACAAAAUACAUGUUGAAAUGAACAUGGCAAGAACCUCUUGUGUAUCCAAAUUGGAUAGCAAGAUUUCAACAUCUGAUAUCCAAAACUCAAAACUAGCAUAGUACUACGAUAUUGUGUGAACGUGCAGUACAAGUCCUUGAUUCUUUUUUUUCUUUAGUUUCCAAAGAUUGGUGAACUUAUUUUAAGAAGACUGAUUUUGCUCUUUCGCAGAUCGUAUAGAAGAAAUAACAAGGUUUGCAAUUGCAUCUUUUUAUACUCUUUGUAUAUACUAUCGAACGACAAGCGAUCUGCUCCAGUGCAGGUAGCAACUAUAACAAGACACCUGUGGAUUGGAUAGGUACCCUGACAGGAAUCGAACCUGUGACCAUAGAUUAUAGAUCAUACCAGAUGUCUCACUGUGCAUCUAUCCCUAUGAUUUUCUUGUCCGUCAAAAUGGUACCCUGGGUGCCAGAGGUUCUUCCACGCUCGUAGGGGGGGGGGAUAAUGAGGGAUACACGAGGAUUCAAGCUGCGAAUCCUCGUGUAUCCCUCAUUAUCUCCCCUACGAGCGUGGUGGGAAGAACCUCUGGCACCCAGGGUACUAAAAUGGCGCUUACUGCCAAAAUGGCCAAAAUGCGUGAUUGCUCCACUGGAUUGCUCACGUUUCAUGACGUGGAUUACACUUACUGCCAAAAUGGCGGCCAACGCGUGCUCAUAAAAAAUCGCGGACACAAUUUUGGCUGAGUGAGACAUCUGGUACAAUCUAUCAUCUGUGCUGUGACCCUCCGAUUAUCCACCAAUCCCAGAAAUCUAACUCUCUUGAUAUACUAGCUGUACUGUACUGUACUGUACUGUACUGUACUGUACUGUACUGUACUGUACUGUCUUGUUUUGAAUUUCCUUGAUAUUAAUGUUAAUAUACUUCUGUAUUUCAGGCGAUCUGUCUGUCUGCCACUCGGUUUAUAGCACAUUUAGUGAACCAGCAAGUUGUAAGUAUUACUGACCAAAUAUGUUAUAUAUAGGGAUAGAAAUAAUUGCCAAUGAUGAUUAACCCAUUACUGGGUCUGAAAUUUGCAGUAUCCCGAUAUCCAAAGUUUGACUCAGGGUGCGAUAAUUCGCGUACUUACGUACCGGGGGUACGCCGAUAUUACGGUCUGGUACUUGUAAUAUUUUAAUUUUGGAAUAGGUAAUAGGACCUCUACAUGCGUCUUGGACCUGUUUGCUUGUAAUCCUUAUUUAUCUAAUGGAUUUCUUUUAUAUUAAACAGGGUCUUGAAAGUAGACCGUGCCGCAAAAAUUUUGUAUAAAAGGUGCACGCGUAUUAUGCGUGCGUUGUUUUUCAUCUUAUUAUGUAAAUCCAUUGUAGAAAUAUCGUAAUUGAAGUUAGCAUGUACUGUAUGUAAAGUUAUUACUUGGUAAUUGAUAGGUGUAAAUUGAUGAUGCACAUGAAUUUAUCACAGGGUCGGAUUUGACCAUACUGCGAUAUUACAAAUUUAGAAUUGGUAACAGGACUUGUGAUUUUGUGUUUUGUAAUUUUUCCUGUAUCUGGUAUGAAUAAAUGGUUGUUUUCAACCGAGUACCACGUAUACUCGUAUAGGUACGCAGUGCUCUCGCUAUCUGCGUACUUGCAUUUUGCUGGUACCAUAUGACCACCAAACUUCCUAUAUUCAAAACCAUGUUUAAGUGAUAGCUAUAGGUUGGAGUCAAUUGGAUAUGUUUGUACAUGCAUUCAGGGAUGGCAAAAUUUGUGGUAACCAGUAUCCAAUGCAGUUUUCAUAUUUGUUUUAGGCUCAUGAAAUUCUAGCUUUAGAGAUUCUUACAUUGUUGCUACAGACACCAACAGAUGACAGUGUAGAAUUAUGUGUAAGUAUAGCAACCUUGUAUUCGUAAAGAAGAGUGAUGUAAAGUUGUCAUUUCAUUAAUUUUUUACUAUGAAAAAGUUAAAUAUUGCGUGAAAUUUUAGGCAAAAAUGUUUGAAGAACUAAGAUUUCCAGCUACAAAAGAUGGUCGUAUGCUGGCAACUUAGUUGCAUUCCCCCUUUCCCCAAUCCCCCAAUAUCCCCCCAAUAUCCCCCCAAGCGUCCAACACUGUCAUAACAUGUAUAUACAUUGCUUGUAUGUUAUACUCUGAGUGUAUAUCCACACCGGGCAGGCUUGAAAAAUAUGCCUGGCCACGGUGGGAAUCGAACCUACGACCUUUGGAACACUAGCCCAAGGCGUAAAAAAAACAAACCUGUGGUUCCGGUUUCAUAGCGUGAAAAAAUUAGGGUCGGUAGGUUGGAAAUAAAUUUUUUUUUUGAAUAUUUUUUUCAUGGUUUUGGCGUGGUUUUUUGCUGGGCGAUUUGCAGUAGAGUCCCGACAUCAAUAUUAACUAGAGAUGCGUAUUUCCUAUGGACGAAUUUAGGCAAUUUGGUUCAAUAAUUAAUGUGACAACAGACGCCAUUUUGGCAUGCUGUAUGAGCAGACCGCAACCACCUGGAGAAAAUAGGGUCGCACGGUCAAUCGCGUUGAAAAAAUAAUAGGAUCGGCAGAAAAAAAUAGGGUCGGUCGGGAACCGGAACCACAGGUAUUUUUUUUUACGCCCAAUGCUCUGCCAACUGAGCUACGCGGUCAGGUCGGUUCGAGUAUGCGAUAUUUCGGAACUGAGUCUAGUUCCUUCGAUAUCAGUGUAAUCUAAUAAUCAUGAUAUUUGCUGUGUUGGUGUAAUGUUCUCAGGUCAAUAAGAUGCGUGUGCACACAAGCAUGUUAUUCACCUGAGUACAUUACACCAACACAGCAAAUAUGUAUAUACAAAUGUAUAUACGUUGCCAUUUACAAAUUUUCCCAUCGUAUUCUAGAUUGCUUUUCUUAAAGAAUGUGGAAUGAAACUCACAGAUGUUACCCCCCGGGGAAUUAACG